AUGGAUACCAAAAGUGAAGAAGCAAACAUGAUAGAAAAGGUCUAUAAUUUUGACUGGUCAUUGACUUCACUUGGCCCUAUGGACUUAUGGGAACCUGCUAUCAAAACAGCUAUGCGUAUUCAGAAGUUUUACUAG